AACAAAAGCAAGAAGAGAUGGGAUGGCGCGGCUGGCAACAAAACAGAACAGUGUCGGUGGGUAAAGAGUAUUGGUCCCUGAUGAUCACGGGAAUGAUCCGUGAUCCGUGCAGGCAGGCGUGGCAGAAGAAUUUCAAUCAAUACAUAAGCGCCAGGGCAGCGGACACAUGCUAGCGAGGGGAAGGAGGUGAGCUGAUUUGGCUGUGAUGAGCUCUGCAUGUAGAUAGAUGGAUGGAUGGAGGUUGGGGG